UAAAAAACAAAACAUUAAUUGUUAAAAAAAAAAGAAAAAAAUCUUAAUGAAUCAUAGCGAUAGCGAAGUUAGUUAUUGACUUUCAUCCAAACAGAAAACCCGAUUUUUGAGUGUCAACAGUCAGUGACCGCCGACAAUGGCGGCCACGCCACCCCUUCCGCCAUUUCCGGCAACUUCAACCAAAUCCCUCAAACUCUCUCACUCUCCACUUCUUCUCUCCUCAAAAAACCGUUCCAAUUUCAUCACAAGUUGCGAAAUCAGAAGAAGCUUCGAGAAUCAUCGUAAUUGGACAAUUGAACAUUUCUCAAACAUGAACAACAGAGAUUCCAUUCACAGCAAUAACAGCAAUUCUUUUUCUUCUUCAUUGGUUUCUGCUACUGCUUCUCAACUUCCUAUGAAGAAUUCUAAAAAAGUUGUUCUUUUUUAUUCUGCUGAAACCAAAUCUCUUGCUUACAAUAUUGCUUCUGAAUCUGAUGCCAUUGAACUUCGUUCCAUUUCAUGGGGAAAGUUUCCUGAUGGCUUCCCCAACAUUUUCAUUCCCAAUGCUCAAGGCAUUCGUGGACAGCACGUGGCUUUUCUGGCCUCAUUCAGCUCUCCGGCAGUGAUAUUUGAGCAGAUUCCAGUCAUUUAUGCCUUGCCAAAACUGUUUGUUGCCUCAUUUACACUUGUGCUUCCUUUUUUCCCAACCGGAACUUCUGAAAGAAUGGAGGAUGAAGGGGAUAUCGCCACUGCUUUUACUUUGGCUAGGCUUUUGUCAAACAUACCGAUUUCUAGAGGAGGACCAACAAGUUUGGUCACAUUUGACAUUCAUGCUUUGCAGGAGAGGUUCUACUUUGGUGAUAACAUUUUACCAUGCUUUGAGAGUGGCAUACCAUUGCUUAAAAGAAGACUCCAAGAUCUGCCUGAUUCUGACAAUAUAUCAAUUGCUUUUCCCGAUGAUGGUGCUUGGAAACGAUUUCAUAAGCAACUUCAGCAUUUUCCAACGGUAGUUUGUGCAAAAGUUCGGGAAGGAGAUAAACGAAUAGUCCGAAUUAAGGAGGGAGAACCUAAAGGUCGCCAUAUUGUGAUUGUUGAUGAUUUGGUUCAGUCAGGUGGAACCCUGAUAGAAUGCCAGAAAGUUUUGGCAGCUCAUGGAGCAUCAAAGAUUAGUGCUUACGUGACUCAUGGCAUUUUUCCAAAUAAAUCUUGGGAACGCUUUGGACAUGAUAAUGGGGGGAAUCCAGAGAGUGCAUUCACAUACUUCUGGAUUACAGACUCAUGUCCCUUAACAGUGAAGGAGGUGAUGCAUAGGCCACCAUUUGAGGUUCUGAGCCUAGCAAGCUCCAUAUCAGCCAGUCUUCAAAUCUGAUGAGAAUGUAAUCUUAUAAUUUCAUCUUAUCCUCCCAAUGAAAUGGAUACAAUAAGAGACAUGGUUAAACUUUAAAGUUAAUAAUAGAAAUAAUAGUGAUAGUUAGAGUUGAGCUCUUUUAGUUUGCGGCCUAUAUGGCAUCUAGACAGAACUUGCAAGGGAAUAAAAGAUGGUCUAUAUUGGCUUAUUCUUCCUACUGUAUUCUCUCUCCAACUUUAUCAUGAGUUUUUCUUUGGAAAAGGAAAAAUAAAAUAAAAAUCCUUUUAUCAGAAAA